UCUCUGUUUUUCUACUUAUCUCUCUCUCUCUCUGGGAGCCUGAGGAAGAAGCUUGAUCAUAGUGGACAGAAAGAGGAACCAACGGUCUGAGACCUCCUUGAUUCGUCUCCACUCUCAUCUCCUUUUUGCCAUGGAGAACCCCUCUUCUGGUCAGUAAAAUAGCUGUAUCCGAGGUUGACAGUGGUAGCGAUCUUGUGGUUCCUGUGUAUUCAUCGUCGUUGGAGUUGCUUACGAAGCUGCAAGAGAAGUGGAACUCAGGGGAAAAGAAACCAUACCCAGCAAUGUAUUCUAGUAUUUUUGGUGGUAUUAUUCUUGACCUAGCAAUGAUGGUUAUUCCAAUCGAUGAUCAUAUGGUUCACCGAGGGCAUGGUGUCUUUGAUACAGCGAUGAUUCUCGAUGGAUACUUGUAUGAAUUGGACACCCAUCUGGACCGAUUUUUGAGAUCAGCAUCAAAAGCAAAGAUUUGUUCUCCUUUCCCUCGAUCAAGUCUUAGAAGCAUUCUUGUGCAGCUGGCAGCAGUGUCACAGUGCAGGAAAGGCUCUUUGAGGUAUUGGUUGAGUGCAGGCCCGGGGAACUUCUUGCUCUCACCUGCUGGCUGCCCAACAUCUGCAUUCUAUGCAAUAGUCAUUGCCGAUAACUACUCCCAAUGCAAAGAAGGGGUGAAAGUGGUAACAUCCACUGUACCCAUGAAGGCACCAGAAUUUGCUACCAUGAAGAAUGUGAACUACCUUCCAAACACCUUGUCCUUAAUGGAAGCUGAAGAGAAGGGAGCAUUUGCUGCCAUCUGGUUGGAUGAUGAGGGUUAUAUUGCAGAGGGACCAAAUGUAAAUGUUGCUUUUAUAACCCACAACAAGGAGCUUCUGUUGCCCUCAUUUGAUAAGAUCCUUAGUGGAUGCACUGCAAAGAGGCUUAUCGCUUUGGCACCCAAAUUGGUUGAGAAGGGCCUUUUGAAGAGUGUGAACACUACCAAUAUAACCCUGGAAGAAGGCAAAAGUGCAGCAGAGAUGAUGUUUGUAGGAAGUGGUCUUCCAAUAUUACCAAUUAUCAUGUGGGACGGAAAACCCAUAGGAGAUGGUAAGGUGGGAGAGUUGACACUUGCCCUCUCAGAUCUGCUAUGGGAGGACAUGGUAGCAGGUCCAGAAACUCAAAGGCUAUGCAUUCCUUAUGUGUAGGGUAUCA